UUCCCGUCUUCCCUCGGAAAACGGGACGAAGCAGAGGAAGAAGAAGAAGAAGAAGAGAGAGAGAAUGCUGCGUCCAGUGGCAGCAUUCGUCGUCGUCAUCGCCGCCUCCAUCGCCGCCCUCGCCGAUUGCUCCGGCGACGGCUCACAGGUCAGGUGCAGCCGAACCUGCGCCGCCGAGAACUGCGAUACUAUCGGGAUCAGAUACGGCAAGUACUGCGGCGUGGGAUGGACGGGUUGUCCGGGGGAGAAGCCUUGCGACGACCUCGACGCCUGUUGCAAGAUUCACGACGAAUGCGUCGAAAAGAAAGGUAUGACUAACGUAAAAUGCCACGAGAAGUUCAAGACCUGCAUAAAGAAAGUGCAGAAGUCUGGAAAGACCAGUUUUUCUCGGGAAUGUCCUUAUGAGACUGCUGUACCAACUAUGGUUCAGGGCAUGGAUAUGGCCAUCUUGUUCAGCCAGAUAGGUAAUUCAAAGCUUGAGCUCUGAUUUGCUCAAGUUAAUAGAUUGGUAGAGUAGCAAAAGAAUCCCAUUCUUUUUCGAUUUUUUAACCAUCGUGUAAACAUACUUCACUAUCAUUUGCUUUGACAGAUAU